AUGACUGACUUCCAGCGGACUCGUAGCAAGGUGUGGUUUCCCAAUUUGGACGAUGACGACGAAGAUAUUCAUCACUCGUGGCGCCGACAACCAUCCUCGUCACCGGAUAGCAGACGUGUGUCGUCUGGCAGCCCAAGCAACGGUAGUCACAAAUCACAGGACUCCGGUUUUUCAGACUCCGAGAGUAGUCCCUUAGGAUUGUCGAAAGCUUUGCCGAAAGAAGACAAGCAACAUGACAAUACGAAUGAUUUUACCGAUAAAUUGCCAAACGGAGUGUUACCCGAAGCCCCAGUUCCUAGAGUGCAGUCGCCUUGCGAACCCCAUCCACAAUCGCCCAAUCAUUGCAAUUGUCUUCUACCAGCUUGCGAAUUGUCCAGAAAGUUCCGUUCGUUCGAGUUCACCACCGCCGACGAAACGUCACCAUUCAGACCGACGACAAAAAGGUACGAGGAAGAACCCUCACGCACACCCAACCGGACCUGUUUUAUCGUUGAUGAAUUGCCAAAAACCACCGUAGUACUGUCGACGCCGAGCUCAGUGAAAAGUUUUGACGGCCAUUUCGAUCAGUCUGAAAACGUUACUGUUGUAGAAAACAUCAAACAGGACUGCAUCAAAAAUAACGAAUUGAUUAUCGAUCCACCAACACCGUUUGUCGACCGUUUUAACGAUGUGGACACAGUGAGUCUAUGUGAAUCCGACCGACCGGGCUCACCUGAGCAUACGUCUACACCAAAAUCGACCAAAAACAGAUGUUGUACGCCCAGGUUACAUUAUAGAAAAGAUCUACAAUUAAGAAAACCAAAACAUCUAAAAAAUAGCUUUUCCAGAAUUGAACGUGAAAACGAAGUGCCCGUUGGCCAGUGGCUAAACGAACUGAGGUUUAGAUGCGAACCUGAAUGUAUGACCACUUUACAAUCGAAAUCAAUAGCAACUUCGGAAGAUGCUUGUCGUUUUUCUACAGUUGUCUGCACCGAUUCUGAAGUUGUGCGGGACCUUUAUCAACGUACAAAAUCCAUAUCUGAUGAAUUUAUAAAAGUUUACAGUGAUUUGAACAAAUGUCCAGUUGAUAAUUUUGGACCAUCUGUCCAUACAUUAACUGGUCUGUUGUUGGACUUUGUUUGUGAUCACGAGAGUGAACUACCUGAGCACGGCCAAGAGUUAUGCAUGGACUUGGUUGAUGUUUCCGAAAAACUAAGAAUUCAUGCUAACCGACGUCUAGGCAACAGAAAAAUUAUUCUAAACGACGUGUCCGCACUAGGACAAAUAUUUAGCGAAUUAAUCGACGCUUUGUUAAUGAAGAAAAUACAGUCUUUGGUGGACAUAUUGGAAGAACCAAGCACUGAUAUUGAACUCGUUAAGACCAUGUCCAGUAUCAACAGCCUGGGAUUGGAAAGUGUUCAUCUUGGUAGUUUGGUGACGAAGUGCAAUGGUGUCCGAUCGUUGUUGACUGUUUGCAUAGAAGCCGUGUCCAGUACAGUCAGAUCGGCUGCCCUGCGCACACUGGCCAUGGUGUGUUGUUCGUCUGACAGCAUCAGACAAUUCGAAAAGGCUGGAGGCGUGGAGAUAUUAUCCGACGUAUUGGGCAGUAAAAACCGCUCGGAAAAAGAACUCACCGACGCCGUAUCAGUGUUGGCUCAGAUCACCGCUCCUUGGAUCGAAGACAACCACGUUGUCAACGGGCUUAGCGAAUACCUGGACACUAUUAUAUCAUCGUUGACAUACCUGGUGGAGACCACGCUGUCGUCGGAAACGCUGUUGCUGUCGUCCGCUGCGCUGGCCAACAUCACGUUCAUGGAACCGAACGCGAUAUGGACCAUAUUGAACAUGGGCACCGCCGGGUCGCUGAUAGAAGCGGUCCGGAAAAACGGCACCAAGUCGUCGGUGUUUUUGCAAGAGCAGACGGCCACGCUGUUGGCCAACAUGGCAGCGGUCCCCGAGGCCAGACCGCACAUGGCGGCCAACCACGCUGUCAUCGCUUUGCUGUGUUUCCUGCAAGUGCGGCACUCGCCGUUGCAACGCGUUCCCGAGAUAUUGGCUGCGGAACGUCUACAGCACAAAACAGCCAUCGCCUUGUCCAGACUGUGCAGCGAUGUAGAAGUGUCGAAACAAUUCGUGGAACUCGAAGGCGUUAACCGUUUGAUAAGGUUGUGCAAAGACGAACGAGAACGAAAUCACAGUGACGGUGUUCUAGUGGCGUGCUUAGCUUCGCUGCGGAAAAUCGCCGCGAAUUGUGGCAAAGAAAUAAUGAACCAAUACGACGCCGCCGAACUGAUUGAACCGAGACUGUUGGACUCAUUCCUUUUGUAUUCAUCGAAACAAGAGAGUUACGUUUAA